AUGGAGGGUGACCAGGGCCAGGCUGGGCCCCCAGGACCCCCGGGGCCCCCAGGACCAAGAGGCCCUCCAGGGAACACAGGCAAGGAUGGGCCCCGUGGCCCCUCCGGGGAACCAGGCUUCCCUGGUCGUGACGGCAUUGAGGGUCCACAAGGUGCUCCUGGGAAGCCGGGUGAGGAUGGAGAGAUGGGACACCUCGGCCUCCAGGGCCCCCAUGGUCCUCAGGGUCCCCAAGGGUCAAAGGGAGAGCCUGGUGCAGGAGAGAAGGGCGACAGAGGCAUGGAUGGACUACCUGGUUUCAAGGGAGACAAAGGGGACAUGGGAGAGAAAGGACUACAAGGAGACAUGGGUCAUCCUGGAGAGAAGGGCUCUUCAGGCUCCUCAGAAGUAGUGGACUUCAACGGGAAGCUGCUGGAUGCCUUCCAGGCCAUCCACACCAUCAGUGUCUCGGGCCCACCUGGCCCACCAGGACCUCCAGGACCCCAGGGAGAAAAGGGUGACCUGGGAGUACCCGGGCCAGCUGGACUGGAUGGGUUUCAGGGUCUGAAGGGGGACAUGGGGGAGAAAGGGGAAGAAGGACCCAGGGGAGAGAUGGGAGAGAUGGGGCUCUCUGGACCUGCGGGGAUGGAUGGACAUAAAGGAGAGAAAGGAGACUCCAUACUGGAAGACAACCUGGUCCAGAUGAUUUCCCAACCUGGCCCCCCAGGGCCCCCAGGGCCCCCCGGCUCCCCUGGGUUCAUGGGUCACCAUGGCAUGCCUGGUUCCAAGGGGGAGCCAGGAGACCAAAUCAAGGGAGACAAGGGGGACAGUGGACCUCCUGGACUGAGGGGAUUGGACGGUCCACACGGCCCUCCUGGAGCAACAGGAUUGGUCGGUCUGCCUGGCACUAAGGGAGAGAAGGGAAGAUCAGGGGAGCCUGGAAUGGAUGGCUUCCCAGGGCUGCUAGGAGAGAAAGGAGACAGAGGAGAUCGAGGAGACAAGGGUGACCGGGGGACGGUAGGGAAGAGAGGUCUGAAGGGUCAGAAGGGGGAACAGGGUCCCCCAGGGCUGGACCAGCCCUGUCCUGUGGAUGCUGACGGGGCUAAAGCCCCCACUGAGGAGGGGGUGUCUGCCCUCCCCCCUUCCCCCCCGGCUCCUCCCUCCAGGCCCCAGGGCCUCUGUCCUCUGGGGCAGGACGGCCUGCCUAUACCUGGCUGCUGGCACAAGGAGGAGAUGGCGAGACAGAAGCUAAAACGCAAGCGUCUCUCCCAGCCCUGAGGGAGAGGAGCCGCCACCGGAGAUGGAAGGAUGGAUUGAUGGGAUGGAGGACGCACAGUCCUCCGUGAGAGCCGACAGAGUGAUGGAACGCCAGUGUGCCAAACAGAACACUCGGACCCUCCGUUAUGGAAUCUCACCAGCAGGUGGCAAGAGAGAAGACUGUAUUUCCACAUUCACCCACGUGGAGAAAAAAAACCCUGGUUCUUGUAAAGCCAUCCAGCCACAGCACCAAUAUUAUGGUCAUUACAGUCCUUCUGCAUCUGUUGAGCUUGUCUCUUGGUCACAGAGCACCCUGGCACAUUGCAGUGUUUCCUUGCAGGGGUGUCGUUUGUACGAUAUGGUGUAUGAUGAUUUCUUAUUUUGAUAUUUUUUAUCUUUUAUGUGUCUUUGCUCAAUAAAGUGCAUGAUUAUCACAAGUCACAGCCUAGAUUAGCAUCUCGACAGCCUUUAAACAGACAAAGGCAAUAAAUCACUGAACCAUAUAUUCACAUGAGAUCAAUAUUCACCCGUAUUUCUAUUUUAGGCAAACUCUCCCACACUACUGUCUAAUUAUGUCUAAUUAUGAGUUCUGUUUCAUUCUUGCUCAGUCAUAUUUCAUUCCUUUGCAUGAGCAUCUGUUGUUGUAACAUAAAGAUUCAUACCAGGGUCUAGCUUAAAGCUAAUUUCAAAGCCAUCACUGAUGGAGAUGUUUGCAGUGUUUAGCAAGCAGUGUUACAACUUUGAGUGUUCUUGUUACCAUUCAGUAUUCAACAAUGAAGGUUAGUCAUUAACAUGAAGUGAUUGUAAUUAAUGUGUUUUUUAUUUGUAGUGAACACCAGCUGACUAAAUGAAGGGGUUAGAAUGAGUUUUUCCAGACAGUGUUGACGGGUCAUAAAACAAGUGCUUGUUAAAUGGUCUAUUAUUAUCUUAAUCUUAGUGUAAGACACAUUUCUAUGGGUUACUUUUACCUGGGUUCAUGGACAACGGUAGGAGAUUUUGCUGCUGACUUAAAGUUCCAGUAUUUGUUUUGUAUACAGAGUUUAGUCAGAUAACGUGUAACAGAUGAGGGAGGGGUUUGUGAAACACACCUGAAGCUAAGUUCUAACUAACUGUUGUUUUUGUAAGUUUUACUACACAGUGAAAAAUAAUACUAAUUCUCAGUUGGUUUAACAUUACCUGUUUGUUUUAAACACAAUCAUAUGUCAGACAGAUUUACAUUUUAAGGUGAAUAUUAUCAUGACAUAUUCAUAUUUCUACAUACUGUGGUUUUUCAUGGUGCUUCAGUUAUCUUAAGGUUUGUGUUUCUGGAGAUUUGGUAUUUGACACUGUGUUAACCAGUUCUAUUACACAUAUCAAUGCCACACACAAAAACACAGAUUAAUGCAAACAUAGAUAUGAUCAUGCCAGUUGAAGAUUUGUUCAUGCGUUGAAAUACACUAUUGUACCAUUUCCAGUAUUAUUAUUUCCAUUGUUCCAACGCAAGAUUCAAGAUUUUAAAAGCUUUAUUGUCUAUACUAUGUAAAACUCUGCACCCGUUAUUGGGCAUGUUAAAGGUUGAGACAAAACAACCUUCCUCUUUGAGACAAACAAGACGGUUCUCUGACAGUACACACAUAGGGUCUGACAUAGUACACAUAGGGUCUGACAUUGUACACGUAGGGUCUGACAUAGUACACAUAGGGUCUGACAUAGUACACGUAGGGUCUGACAUAGUACAUGUAGGGUCUGACAUAG